AUGGCCAACUCGGAGUCGGCCGACCUGAUGGCGAUCGGCGGUCGCUGCUCCGUGGCGUCCUGCGGCCAGCAGGACUUCCUGCCGUUCAAGUGCUCCGGCUGCGGCGACACCUUCUGCCUGGACCACCGCACGUUCGAGUCCCACGCCUGCCCGCGCACCCUGGACGCUGCCGACGCCACCGUGGUGGUGUGCCCGCUGUGCGCCAAGGCCAUCAAGCUGGCCCCCGGCCGCAGCGGCGACCAGGCCUUCGACGAGCACACGCGGUCGGGCGCCUGCGACCCGUCCAACUACUCGCGCGUGCACCGCAAGAAGUCCUGCCCCGUGCGGGGGUGCCGGGAGAAGCUGACCACGCUGAGCCGGUACCAAUGCAAACGGUGCGGGCUGGAGGUGUGCAUGUCGCACAGGCUGCCCGGGGACCACGGAUGCGAUGACCGCAUAGCGCAAGCUAGGCGGACUGUCAGCAGCCACUGGAGUGCGAUGCGGGCAGCCAGUUUUGGCAGAGCUGAGGCUUCAAAACCAUCUGCCGUGGGCACAUCUUCAACGCCAAUCUCCCAGUGGCCUACCAAACUGGCGCAAUAUGUCAAUCCUGCAUCGAACCAGAGUCGGGUGGUGCAGCAGCAGAAGCGAGAGGUCUGCCGACACUGUGGUGCUCGUUUCUCGCAAGUGCAGCAGCUCACACAGCACCUCAGGGACUACCAUCCCACACAGGACUCCCGACAGGACAGGGACAUCUGCCCAAGGUGCGGGCAACAGUUCACCGACGUGGUGGCACUGGUGCAACACACAGAGAGGGGAUGUCGAGACCCCAAGAGGUCGGGCUGCAUAUUGGUGUGA